AUGGAGCAGCCCAAGAAGGACGACACCGUUCACGCCAAGACAGUUCAGGCCGCGCAAGAGAACAAUGAACAUAUUUACAGCACCCUCCCUUCGCAUCACAUCAGAGUCUUAGACUUGCUUCCAGGCUCAGAGCUCGAUUUGAUUGAAGUUCAACUCCAUGUGGUCCCGGUAGCAGACCCUGGAGCCUACAAAGCGCUCUCCUACAUGUGCGGGAGUACAACAGAUGAUCUACGCCUAAUACUUUGCAAUGGCUAUGAAUUUAUGGUAACAGCAAACCUCUUUGAAGCCUUAACUCGUUUCCGCGAUCCAUCAGAGGCCCAAAGAAUAUGGAUCGACGCGAUUUGUAUUCACCAGGGUUCCAUCAGCGAGCGAAGUCAGCAGGUGCGGAUGAUGAGCCAGAUCUACGCAGGGGCUGAGGAGGUUCUGGUAUGGCUCGGUGAAGACAGCCCAGAAGUCAAUAUCAAGCGAGCAUUUGAGGUAGUCUCAACGAGGACAGACUAUCGGCUUCAGUGUCUCAGUCUCGAUCAGCCAGAAGGGUCCGCCGUCGCGCUGUUGUAUAUUACGGAUCCUGAUCUUUUUGACCUAAUAGACGAGGUGCAACAACGAUUUGAUCCACCCAAAUUACCGAAAGACCACCCCCAAGCCUUCCGGAAGUAG